AUGGCUGAAGGUUCGAAGGAAGUUAACGGCGCCGAUGAUGCUCAGGAUCUUCACUCGCUUCUCUCUUCUCCGGAGAGAGACUUCCUCAUUCGUAAUGACGGUGAACAAGUUAAGAUUGACAGCUUGAAAGGGAAGAAGAUUGGAUUGUAUUUUUCCGCUUCGUGGUGCAGUCCAUGUCAUAUGUUCACUCGGCAUUUGUUGGAAGCCUACAAUGAACUAUCUCCGAAAGCUUGUUUCGAGGUUGUCUUCGUGUCGUGCGACAAGGAUGAAGAGUCUUUUGGAGAUUAUUUCGCUAAGAUGCCGUGGCUUGCUGUCCCUUUCACUGAUCAGGAAACACGUGACGGUUUGUAUGAUGAGAUUUUCAAGGUUAAGUCAAUUCCAAAUGUAACGCCUCCGCUGCCCCUCCCGGUGAGUCACCCACGCCCUCUCUCGCCCGUGGGCCCCACCCCUGUCCGACGGUCGGUGCAUUAUUUUUGGGAGGCUCCGAGAAUGUAUUUACUAUCCCUGCAAUCAUCACCCGACUUUUUCCCGUAUUUUUUCCUAACUCACACGGUUUCACAGAGGACUUCCCGAAAGAUCACCCAUCAUUUCACUACUCCAGCCCAAGCACGCUUAACUCUGGAGUUCUUUAUGGGCCGUUGA